AUGGCGAGGAAGCCAUCAGGAAGCGCCAGCGCCAGCGCCAGCAGGGAGAGUCGCAGCACACGGUCCCAGGGUAGGAGAGAAGUUGUGUCGGCGGAGGCCCAAGUGUCGGAAAAUGGAGCCCAGUCGACUCCCUCUAAACGGCGCAGGAUCUCGGGCCAGGCUGGUCAUGUGACAUCACAUGACGUCUAUGAGUUCCAAAAUGAGGAGAGUGGCUCGAGGAAGCAAGGCGAGGAUGACGACGAUGCAAUGGAAGACGAACUUGCAGAGUCUGUGGUGGCUGCAUCAACGACACCAAGACGGCGUGGACGUCCACCCAAGCCCAAAGCUUCAGCGGGUCCAGCGGGUCCAGCGGAAGUGAAUGAGGCUGACGAAACGAAGUCAACGCCUAGAGCGGCACGAACAGCGUUGUCCAAGACAAAGCCUGAGACGCCGCGCAGGGUGAAUGCAGCAAGUGGCGUGGACACGCCGGGCCGUCGCACAAUUGCCGACAGGUCAGCUCGUCGGAAAAGUGCCCGAGCCCUCAUCAACCGUGUGGUUGAUGAUGCUACCAGCGAUGAUGAAGCUGGCGACGAGGGUCUGGCGCGGGAAAUUUUUGAGUCUAGCGGGGACGAGAUUGCGCAAGAUGAGGAAGGCCAAGAUGGCCUGGACGGCCAAGAUGAAGAUGUUGAGGACGGAGCCGGAAGCGCUGCCCCAACGCCUUCCAAAUCUGUCAGGGGUCGGAAGAGGAAGGCUGUAGCCAGGAAGAAGUCUCCAACGCCGCCGCGGGAUCUGCCGCCGCAUGAGAUGUACUUCUUUCAGAACAAGCCCGGACUAGCCAAGACUUCCAACAAUACUUUGGCAUCGUUGGACCUGCUCACCCAUGAUGAGUACUUCUCAAUACUCAGAGACCUGAAAGACCCUCACGAUGCGGAUAUCAAGUUCCUGGAGGACCUUCAUGCGGAGUCCUUUGGGCAAUGGGAGUUCGAACUGGCUGAGGGCUUCAGCCUCUGUCUCUACGGAUACGGAUCUAAGCGUCCUCUGUUGCAUCGCUUCGCCAAACACCUACACAGCAAAGUCUCAAGUACUCAAGCACACAAGAUAGUCAUCUUGAACGGAUAUGUCCGCACCAUCAGCAUCCGCGAGGUCCUCUCCACUAUCAGCAGCGCAGUCGACCCCUCCUACAAGCUCACCUCCGGCAACCCUGUCGCACUCCUCCAGGACGUCCUAUCCCUCCUCACAUCCUCGGAGACCACUCUCACGUUGAUCCUCAAUUCCGCCGAUGCGCCACCUCUGCGCAAGUCCUCAUUCUACACCAUCCUCUCGCAGCUCGCAGGUCACUCACAUAUCCGCCUCGCCUGCUCGGUUGAUACGCCCGACUUCCCGCUUCUCUGGGACAGUGGGCAGCGCUCGGCCUUCAAUUUCGUCUUCCACGAUUGCACGACCUUUGCGCGCCGCAGCGCUGCCGAACUUGAAGUCGUCGAUGAGGUCCACGAGCUGCUCGGCCGCAAGGCCAGGCGUGUUGGUGGGAAGGACGGUGUGGCGUUCGUGCUCAAGUCGCUGCCCGACAACGCGAAGAACUUGUUCAGGCUCUUAGUAGGUGAGAUCCUAGUUGCACUGGAAGAUGAGGGCGUGGGUGUGGGCGGAGAGAACCCCGGCGUCGAGUACCGGAUGCUGUACAACAAGGCGGUCGAGGAGUUUAUCUGCAGCUCAGAGAUGGCGUUCAGGACGCUGCUGAAGGAAUUCCAUGAUCAUCAAAUGAUCACCAGCCGCAAGGACAUGUUGGGAACGGAGCUUCUGAGCUUGCCAUUUCGAAAAGAAGAGCUCGAGGCUAUUUUAGAGGACUUGAUGUCAUGA